GGAGAGCGCCUGUCUGAGAGAGGGCUUGAUCACAGCUUUGUAUCUGGAAUGAAGAAUCGCAGUGAGAGCAUGAAGAAUCGAUCAAUGAGGAGCGUGAUCCCUGAGCAAACUAUCGGCCAGAAGUACUUUGAGGCGUACACCUUCCAGCACAACCGCAUCUUCUACUCUCACAUAUCCGGGUUUCGCCAGCAUGCAA